ACAUGGGUUUAAAGGAGCGAGAAUCUGGGUCUCUCCUCCUUCUGAGGCUUGUAGCGAAAGAACAGUAACACAGAGAAAAUGAAACCCAUUCUGAAAAGCUGACAAAAGUUCCUACUUUUUGAGUUAUAAUUUGUUUUGGUAGUCCAAACGGUCUGGGGUAGUAAAGAGUUGUUCACAGAAGAUGUGAAGUUCAAAAGUUACAGUGCGGAAUUCUCAAGUUAGAGUGAGAAGAGACAUAUUUUUAAAUUUGAAUUUUCUCAAACAAAUGAACCGUACGACCACAAUGUUUGGAGUACAGUCAAGAAUUAUAGCUCAAAACGAAGGUAUGUUCGGUAACUGUAAGCCAGCGUGUGUCUCAUUUUAAUCUGACCUACGGUUCUCUCGGUACAACGCCGGAAAUGGAGCAAGGGAGGGUCACUGCUCCUAUCUUUCCCCAUUAUAACUUUUGUGAAUUUUUCUGAAAAUUUCAUGUCGUACCUCAACUUCUACCUGCGAUUUUAGAAAAACCGUAAAAGAUAUCAAAAAGCCUCUUUAAUAUGUUAAACAGGAAAGUCUUGUGAGUUUGUUAAACUUUGAAUGAAGUCUCUGAGUUAAAAGGAACCCUAUAGAGUUUGAGGUAAAAAAAAGUGAUAGGAAUUUGCUGAAAAUUGUCCAAUCCCAUUGAUUUCAAUGGGAAAUUUUUCACAGAAAAAGCUUAAUAACUCGAAAAAUUUGAAAGAUAUAAAUGCCAAAAGUAAUAGCUGGAAAGAGCUUAACGAGCUGAAUGUUUUGAUAUAAAAUUGUUGAAAUAGCUCAAAAUUUGAAGGAGAAGAAGAGGUUCAAAAAGUGUACGGAAGCAGAAUAAGAAGAAGAAGAAGGGGAAACAGGAAAACAAUAGUUUGAAUGCUUACCAGCAUGCACCCGUUACCUUUAAAUCGGAUGUCUGGGCUAAUUUCGGUUUUGGGAUCCUGGAUGUGAAAGAAUCACUUAACACAGUAUUUGUUUACUAUUUUUAAGUUCAGUAAUAUUCUAUCUUAAAGCUGCUCUACCGAAAACAUUAUUUCUUAUUAUUUAAGUAAUUAUAGGCAGCACACUUUAAAAAUUAUUGCUCACUAUAGUGAAUAGAUAAAUGUUCUGUUUUUCAGGGAUUUCGAAAUCAAAAAGAAAUUGAAAACUAUUCUACUGCUUUUAUUAAGUAAUGAAAAUUUUUGUGUGAAGAAUCGUGAUGCAUUUCAGACUCAAAUCGAAUCGUUAGGCAGAUAAUCGGAAUCUGAUCAAAUCGUGAGGCAAGUAGAGAUGCACACACACACACACACACACACACACACACACACACACACACACACACACACACACACACACACACACACACACACACACACACACACACACACACACACACACACACACACACCAACAUUUUUCAUCCCAGCCAUCAAACAUUUCUUCAUUCCAGGUGAACCACAGGUGAUUUCCAUGAAUGUUUAUCUGUUCAUCUGAGGUACACAGAUAAAGAAAGGGGGCGGACGCUCGUGUCUCGGGUAAUGUAACCCUUUAGUGUAGAGAUUUUGACUCAUUCACCAUGCUGCUCUCUGUGGUGCUGCUGCUGCUGCUGCUGCUCGUCAGCACGACUCAAGCUGGGUUUUACGGUUACGUGUUCACCUACACUGUUAAAAGCUUUCAGGGAGGUGGACUAAUGGGAGUCAGCCAUGCGACAGUGGGCUUCAGCUCAUGCCAAGAAGCCGUCUCAGUGUACUGUGGUGGCGGCUGUGAUCAGAUUGAUGAAAGCAGUGGAGAGUGGUGUCAGAAGGAACAAAUCUGGUACUGGAGCGACACUGUUGCUCUACAUCAGGCAGAUAUUACUUAUGGGAGCUGGACACCAAACAACAACAACGUUUUAUCAUGGAGGUAUGUGUUAUAUAUCGAACUGAGGAACCGGUCUGACACUGGGAAGCCCAACUCUUCACCACAGACCACCAUCCUCCCUGCUCUAAGAGUUCCUUCAAACUGUCAGAGAAAUAUCAACUUGUUGACCUUUGACCCUGAUGGAGACGAGGUCAAAUGUAGAUAUGCAAAGGGAUCCUUGUCAGAGUGCAACGACUGCACACCGCCGUCUGUCCUCAACCUGUCAUCAUCUUGUUCUCUGUUGUUCAGCCCGACUAACAGCAGUAGUGAAGGUCCAUAUGCAGUCCAGCUGAUGAUGGAGGAGUUUCCCAGACAGAACAUGACUCUGACUGAUUUCAGCGGCGUGAAGGUGCUGAGAACUACCAGUGAUUUCAUCGGCAAGACGCCCCUCCAGUUUGUUUUAAAUGUUGACCCCGCUGCCCCGUCCUGCACUGAGGGUCUCUAUCUGCCCAGAUUUCUGCCUCCAACUCCAGAUAACGGAGCUCAGAUCUUUGUGACUAUUAACCAGAUGGUGAAAAUCCCCAUCAGAGCAGAGGCAACUCGGUCUGAGAUCACUAAGCUCCUGUUCAGCGGGCCUCACGAUGUGCUCAAGAGUUCAUCAGGACCAGGAAACUUCACCCUGAGCUGGACAGCAUCUGACAACAUUUUCAACCAAGGACAAAGUCACCCCAUCUGUUUCGUCGUCCAGUCAAAUUUGUCCAGUUCUGUGUUCCAGUCGGAGCUUCGGUGUGUUGUUGUCACAGUUGAGAACGGCCCAACAACCCCUGCACCAUCUCUCUUCCCAACAAACGCACCCCUGUCUACAGCUUCACAAACUCCAAUGAUCAUGCAAUCUAUAUCCACACUACCUCCAACCACCCAAGGCACAACCAUGGCCCCUCCCAUACCUACAACCUCCCCCACUCCACAUACCCCUACAUCUAUGAACAUGCCACCAAAUUCAACCUCUCCUCCAGGACCAAGCCCAACAACCCCUGCAGCAUCUCUCUUCCCAACAAACGCACCCCUGUCUACAGCUUCACAAACUCCAAUGAUCAUGCAAUCUAUAUCCACACUAUCUCCAACCACCCAAGGCACAACCAUGGCCCCUCCCAUACCUACAACCUCCCCCACUCCACAUACCCCUACAUCUAUGAACAUGCCACCAAAUUCAACCUCUCCUCCAGGACCAAAUUAUAUCAUUGCUAUGAAAAUGAAGAUCUCCACCACACUGUCACCCUCUAGUGACAACGACACCAUCAUAAAACUGAUAAAGGAUGAACUCAAAAGGCAAGGACUGACAUCAGACAUAACCAUACGCCUCCUCAGUUGUGGUUUGGUGCAUGGGACUUCAUCUCCCCCUGGUGGAUAAUUAUGAGAAUGCAGUAGAUCUGCAUUAGUGAAACCAACUGAAAAUCAAGCUUGACUAAAUGUACUUAUGAAAAGUGAAAGUACUUUCAGUAUGAUGGAUCAUCAAUAAAAUAUUAAAAUACUGAUAGUCUUUCUAUUAUUUUCAACUGAAUGUAAAAUUACCCAACUGCACUUUACUGUCUGUUACGCACACACACACACACACACACACACACACACACACACACACACACACACACACACACACACACACACACACACACACACACACACACACACACACACACACACACACACACACACACACACACACACCUGUAUUCUUAUCCAUAUUAGGACUUUGUAUUGACUUCCAUUCAUUUUAGUAACUGCGUUUAUGGCUAACCCUUACCCCCAAAUUCCACUACCUCUGCUCC